AUGUUGCACAAAAGACCUGAAUUCUCAGGUGCUGAGGGGGAAGAUAUAAAUGAAUCACCUACCAAGAAAAAGGGGAAUUCGGACAAGUAUCGAGCAUUCGUACCGAAAGAGAAAGAGUUCCUGAAAACCUAUGAAAAUAUGGAAUCCAGGAUCCGAAAAGUUCUGAACACUACGUACAAGAAGCUGACCAACUCUCUGUCCCAGGAUAAUAUAUCGGACGAGAUUAAAUAUCUCAAGAACCGCCUCCUCACCUUGAAAGAAAAGUCUUCUCUGGACCCGAUUUACAUUGGGCUCUUUGGCAGCACCGGGGCUGGGAAGAGCUCACUGUUCAAUGCCAUCAUCGAGCAGCAGUUCUUCCUGCCAGUGUCGGGGAGCCAAGCCUGCACCUCGUGCAUUGUGCAAGUCAGCAGCAGCCGGAGCAAAAACUAUGAGGCAAAAAUUCACCUUCUCUCACUACAGGAAUGGAACGAGGAACUGAAGAAUCUGGUGGAGCUUGUGUGGAAACCCGGGGAGGAGGAAGAAGAGGAGGAGGAAGGUGAUGUAGGUGAAGCUGUCCAAAAGCUUCAAGCGCUUUAUGGGAGAGAUGCUGUAACCAGAUCUUAUGAAUACCUGUUGAAGGCAAAGCCCCUAGUAAAUAUCCCUUCCUCAAAUUGUAUUCCCCUCACGGGAGCGCAGGCAAAAGAACUCUCUGACAAACUGGACCCCUAUAUCCGGAGUCAGAGUAACAAGGAUGAGGAGGAGCCAGCACUGGAUGAAGAGAAAGCCAAGAUGCGACUCUGGCCGCUAAUCAAAUACGUGGAAGUGACAAUUCCGAAGUCCAACAUGAUUCCGGAAGGUGUCGUGUUUAUGGAUAUUCCCGGGACAGGAGAUUACAACAGCAAAAGGGACGAAAUGUGGAAAGAGAGCAUCAAUAAAUGUUCAGUCAUCUGGGUUAUCAGCGACAUCGAACGAGUUCUGGGGGACAAAGUCCAUGAAGUGCUGCUGAAAGAGAGCAUCAAAGCUUACCAAGGCGGGAUGUGCAGUGACAUCGCUCUGGUGGUCACCAAGUCUGAUAAGCUGCAGCUGGAGGAAUACCUGAGGGAAAGACAAGAGAAACAUAAACCUAUAGAAACCAGACACGAUGCCAUUUUAGAGAGGAACGCAUUCGUGAAAGGGAAGAAAAUCAAAGGACUGAAGACAAAGCUUGGGAGAAUACUGCCGAGUGACUCAGAAAUUCUGGACAAGGCUGAUCUCGUUUACACGGUCAGUGCUACAGAAUACUGGCAGGAGACAUGUAUGAAUAAGGAAGAGACAGAGAUCCCCAAGCUGAGAGAGUACAUCAGGAAUAUCUUUCUGAAAGAGAAGAAGAAGCUGCUAAUGGAUUAUGUGGCAGAGGCUUUCGGCAUUGUCCUGCUGGCUGAGAAUUUCAACUCCACACGAGACAUGGUGAAUCACUAUCAGCAGAGCGGCUUGGAAGGCUUUGUGAAGGACAAGAUCGAGGCUUUGGAGAAGGAGAUUGAGAAAUGUUUUGCCCAGCUGGAACAGCCCCUUAACGAAGGCGUGAAGAAAGCAAAAUUAUCUCACCAAAAAACAUUCUCUCAGCUCCUUACACGAGACACUGGCAACCGAGGCUUCCACAGGACCCUGAAAGCCGUGUGCCAGAAGAAUGGCGUAUACGCGUCCCGGAUCUUUUCCCGCAUAGACUUCAACAGUGCCCUCGCUCAGCCCAUCUAUGACAAAAUCAACCCCACGUUUGCAAUCAUAUUCAGGAUCCAAAAGGGAACCAGAGCCUCGUUGAAACCCUGCCUUGAUAUGUUCAAAGACUCGGUGCAGGAGAAAAUCGGUGAGGUUGUGAAGAAGAGCCCAGUGACCAGGGACCACUGCAAGCUCAACUUCUUCAUUGAGGAAACAAACAUCAUCCUGAGGACCCUGGAAAGAGAGAUCCUUAAGAAGAAGAUGGCUGUCUACCAGUCCCUUCCGCUGUCCAUCCAGAGUGACCUAAAGCCUUACUAUGAAGAGGCGGCUAAGAUCCAGGGGCCGCGAUCCUGCCAGAGGAUGCAAAAUAUCCUCAAGGAGAACAUUGAGAAAAAGACAGAGGGUGGAAUGUUUGAGAAGGCAAAGGAGAAGAUGAAGAUGCAGCUCCAGGAACUGAAGGUGAAUCCAAGUAUUUGCAGGACACUGGAAGAUGCAAACAAGCAGUUUGAUGCUGCUCUCUAUUUUUACGCAUGCAAACUGAUGGGGCCCACAAGUUAUGUAUUUAAGGUCCCAGGCUUGUCUUUUGAGUGUUUUGUGCAGGUUGCCUUUGAGGAAGAGGACUGA